AUGAACUCCCUACUCAGUCUCAAGCUCCUAAAAUACGUCUUCCAACUUGUCGUGAACAAUUUUGUUGUCACUGUUGCUGCGCUAUUUGCAACCAUCCUAUUGCGGAAAGGCGCACAGCUAGGCCCUGCCGAGAUUCUCAUAUGGUUACAUGCAGUGCGGCAUGCCCAUCUGUUUCUGCUCACAUUCCUCCUUUCAAUUGGCUUAGGUAUCCUCGUCUACUUCAUGUACGCCUCUCGCCGUGUAUACCUUGUGGACUAUGCUUGCUUCCGUCAUACAGCUAAUUGUCGUGUCUCAAUGGCCUCUUUUAUCGAACACCUUCAUCACAUGCCAUCCCUCGAUGAUAACAGCAUUCAUUUCAUGACGCGCAUGCUUGAGCACUCAGGCAUUGGUGAUCAGAGCUACCUUCCCAAUAGUACCCACUACAUUCCACCAUUCCACACUUUCAAUGAUGCCCGUAGCGAGGCGGAGCAGGUCAUUUUUUCAUCCAUUGAUGACUUAUUUGCUAAGACAUGCAUCAAUCCCAAGACAAUUGACAUAGUCGUCACGAACUGUAGUGCUUUCAAUCCAGUGCCAUCCUUGGUUGACAUGAUUGUAAACAAGUACAAGCUACGCGGUGACGUUCGUAACAUCCACAUCGCUGGGAUGGGGUGCAGUGCAGGGUUGAUCUCGGUGGAAGUUGCAAAAAAUCUCUUGCGGUCUGCCCCCCGGAAUGCACAUGCACUGGUGGUUUCCACGGAGAUCAUCUCCCUCUUCUUCUACUCAGGGAGGAAUCGUGCAAUGCUACUGCCAAAUGUUCUAUUCCGGAUUGGUGGGGCUGCAAUGCUAUUGUCGACAUCUAAGUCUAUGUCACGGUUCAAGCUCAUGCACACUGCACGCACAACCACUGCUGCCCAAGAUAAAUCUUAUCAGUGUGCAUCCCAAGAGGAGGAUGACACAGGUGAAAUAGGAGUGAACCUGUCCAAAGACCUUGUAAUCGUUGCUGGCGACACGCUGCAGGCCAACAUCUCGGCAAUAGGAUCCCUUGUGCUCCCAUUCUCAGAGCAGCUACUAUUUGUGCUAUCAGUAAUUGUAAGAAAGUUGCUGAAGAGAAGGAUAAAGCCUUAUGUACCUGAUUUCCGGAUGGCCUUCGAGCACUUCUGCAUCCACGCCGGUGGGCGAGCGGUAAUUGAUGCUGUCCAGCGUAGCCUUUGUCUAUCAGACGAGGACGUUGAGCCAUCACGUAUGACGCUGCACCGAUUUGGAAAUACAUCGAGUAGCUCGAUCUGGUAUGAGCUUGGAUACAUCGAUGCUAAGAAUCGGAUAAAGAAGGGUGAUCGGGUAUGGAUGAUUGGAUUUGGAUCAGGAUUCAAGUGCAAUAGUGUCGUGUGGAAGUGCAUCCAGUCUGCCAGCAACCUCGAUGGUCCAUGGGCUGAUUGCAUUCACCGAUACCCUGUAGGCACAUACAAAGUAGCCAAGUGA